CUUGGGAGGCGUGAUACAUGGCAGGAACAGUGCUCACGACCCAGCACAUCCACCAAAGCUGAAGACUCCAUGGCCUGUCAGCUCACACUGAUCACGUGUGCAGGAAAUGAGAUUUGCGUGUCAACCAAAAUGUCGCAGCAUAAUCAGCUCGCUGAACUGGAAGACGGCGUUGUGGACUACCUGGACACUGUCACCACGUCAGACGUGUUCGGAUGUGAAGUAGAUCCAUUGCGUCCAGACACCCAAGAACCCCUUCAAGAUCCAAUGUGGAAUACCCUUACAUGCUUCAACCUUGUGGUUCGAGAAUGCAUGGAGGUCUACCAGUGCCAGAUAUUAAUUUUUCAGGCCCUCUUGCCUGUGACAACUGCAAGCUCUUUGCUUUCAUCGACCUUGCUAGUACGUCAAUUACGACGUCCGCGAAUAUACGUCUUCCAUUUGCCCCAGGACAAGGACUGAGGUGCUCGCCUGGAAGUCUGUCACUGGGGCAUGCUGCCUAGGUAUCCGCAUUUCCACUACAGAGGCUUGCGAAGUUUCCACGAGAUUAGGCGUCAGAGUCAUUUAGGUUGUCUUCACGGCGUUCUUGUGAUGAUACGAAUCCACCAGAUAUCAGGCAAGGAAGUGGCCAGUUUGGAUGAACAUGGAGUUCGGCAAGUCACAGAGACGCAUGGCAACUCUGUCAUUGCGUUGAAACGUCACUUGCGAACAAUUUGUGAUGUACCGAUCUACAGGUUCAGAUUAGUUCGCCAGGGUGAGGUCCUUCGUGAUGAACACCAGUUGAACGAUUUGAGUGCACCAACUGAGCUUCAGAUGACGAUACACGACUUCACAGAUCCGGAUGAAGACCAAAUAAAACGUUUUCUGAAAGCUGCUGAAGAUGGUGAAACCGCUUCUUUAGAGGCUAUGCUGCAUGCACCGAUGAACCCAAAUCAACUUUUGCCUGACGAUCCCGAUUCAGAUGAGCCGAAUCCAAACCUAGCGCCACAUUUGCCUCGUUUUGUUCGGCGAAAUCGGCAUGCUGGCAUAUCAGCCUUGCAGCUUGCUGCGAAAGCUGGUCAUCUUGAGUGCGCAAGGAUUUUGAUUGAUGCCGGAGCGAUCAUUAAUCGCGAAAAUUGGCUGGGCGAAACACCUUUACAUCUCUGUUGCAAGCUUGGUCACUGGGAGGUUGCAGAGCUCCUAGUCGAGGCCAAAGCUUCUGCUGACACGGCAGAUUUGCGAGGGACUACGCCGAUAGAAACUGCUUGCACCAAUGGCUUUGACAAUAUUGUUCGCGUGUUACUCCAUGCAGGUGCUACCAAGCCUCCUCUUUCACUGGCUUGCCAGCAAGCCAACGGGGAAGUCGUGCAGCUCUUGAUUGGUGCUCGUGCUGACAAGAGUGAAGAGGAUCGUGAUGGAAAGACACCGUUGCUAGUUGCCACCUCGCAGGGUCAUGUAGAGGUGGUGAAGGUGUUGAUCAAUGCAGGUGUUUGCAAAGACAAAGUUGAUCGGCAUGGCAGAUCACCCCUAUGGAUGGCUGCUGACCAUGACAAGUUGGAAGUUGCGCGUUUCUUAAUUAAGGCUGGCGUGCAGAAGGAUCAGAUUGAUGCGCAUGGAAGAUCACCCUUGUGGAUCGCUGCCAAUCAUGGGAAUGUCGAAAUUGUGGAACUUCUAAUCAAAGCACGUGCUGACAAAGGUAAGCUUGACCGAGAGGGUAAAUCUCCGCUUUCGAUUGCGAAAUACCGCAGUCAUUUGGAUGUUGUAGAGUUGUUGUCGGGUAUCGAAUCUCGUGCAGUCAGCCCUGCCACAAAGUGCAGGCGACAGGAAUGAGUACUCUGACUCAAAGAUGAGCCAGGGAUCAAGAUAUGUAUUCUAGUCGGCAGAAACUCUCAAUUCUUUCAGCAGAACUUUGCCUUGUUGUUGUUCAGCGGGCGUUGUCCAUUUGAGGGUUCUCCAACACACACACACACAGAUAUCCAAAGCAUAACUAUUUUUGCAAUUUCGGCUCAAAUCCCAA